GAACAGCAUUCAUUCAGCAACAGACCAGCCAGAGACUCGAGAGAAGAUUGUGGUGUGUUCGUGUUGUUUUGUUUUUGUUAUCUUAUCCUGUUUAAUACUAACCAACCAAAACAAACUCGUCUAAUCUAAAUUCAAAUGAGAUUCUGGAUUCCGUAAUUCUGUCAGUAGUUGUUUUCCUUGACUGACUAACAAUCCUUGUAUUUUUGGCCAGUUGCAGUUGCCAAGAGUGUGAUAUAGGCCUAUCAGUGAUUAUUUAUAGGUUCAUUGAGUACCAAAUUCAUGUUUGUAAAGUUAAAUAACCAGAUAGUCUGCUUUGAAAAUACACUAAACCAAUAUGUUGAUAGCAAUAUUGGUUGGAGUGUUCAGUCUAUUUAUCUUGUUGUACAUCUAUGAGUACAAUCGCACAAGAAGAAUACGGAAAAUAUUAUCACCUUUACCAGGACCCAGUGAAUUACCCUUUCUGGGGGCGGCUUUGGAAUUUGGACAAACCAGUGUUGAAUUAUUGAAGAAUUUACAAAAUAUGAUUGACGACUACGGCCCUGUUGUCAAAGUAUGGAUGGGACCAGAAGCUUACGUGAUUCUCUCUGACGCUAAGGAUAUUGAGGCAGUUUUGAGUAGUAAUGUACAUUUGAAUAAACCUCAGAUUUAUGCUUUUUUGGAGAAGUGGUUGGGAAAUGGUCUUGUCUCUUCCCCAGCUGAUAUAUGGAAGACGCACAGAAAACUGUUGACUCCGGCUUUUCAUUUCAAGAUAUUAGAGACGUAUAUUGACACUUUCAACAAAAACGCAAGAAUCAUGACAGACUUGUUGAAGAGAGAACUAGGAAAAGAAAAGUUUGAUGUAUCACACUACGUGGAUAAGUGUACAUUGGAUGUAAUUUGUGAGACGGCGAUGGCCACAAGCAUUGAUGCUCAGUUGAAUGAGGAAUCUGAAUUUACCAAAUCAUUAAAAGUUGUUUCUGAUGCAAUUUUAGUCCGUGCCUUCAAACCUUGGCUGUUUCCAGACGUUGUGUUCAAUCUGUCCCCUCUUGGCAGAAAAUACAACCAACACCUCGACUACAUAAACAAUUACGUUGACCAGGUGAUUAGUCAGAAAAAGAAAGCUUUUGAAGAGGAAGAAAAGAAUCAGGGAAGUUCUAUCAGUAAAGAAAAGGAUGUCGAUGAAGAGUAUUAUGGUACAAAGAAAAGACUUGUUUUUCUUGAUCUGAUAUUGAAGUAUGCCAAGGAUUCUUCAAUUCACCUCAACGAUAAAGAUAUUCGUGAUGAAGUCAACACUUUUAUGUUUGCGGGUCAUGACACAACUUCAUCUACAAUUAGUUUUGCAAUUUAUUCUCUGGCCUCUAAUCCUGAAAUCCAGGAUAAAGUUGUGGAGGAGGUGAGGACUGUGCUGGGAGACUCUGAUAGAGACCCCACGUAUCAGGAACUGUUGGCUCUCAAGUAUACGGAGCAAGUGAUCAAAGAGACCCUCCGACUCUACCCAGCUGUCCCCUACAUCGGCCGAUACCUUUACGAAGACUUCACACUUCCAUCUGGUCACCUUCUCCCUGCCGGUACGUCACUUAGUCUGGUGCUCUUCAAACUUCACAGAGAUCCAAAAGUUUUCCCUGAACCAGAGAAGUUCAAUCCAGACAACUUUUCCCCUGAGAAGAUGGUCAACAGGUUUGCUUUUGCUCAUACACCCUUCAGCGCUGGUCCUCGCAACUGCAUUGGUCAGAAGUUUGCAAUGCUAGAGAUGAAGGCAUUACUGUCCAGACUGCUGAGGACGUACAAGGUCAAGGCCAUGACCCCUGAGCCUCUGUUGGCUUCUCAGCUGAUCCUCAGAUCUGAGAAUGGCAUCAACGUUCAGCUGGAGCGUCGUCUGUAGUAUGGUUCUAACGACGAGGGUUGUCUGUAAAUUAAGGCCUCCAGCCUAGAGAUGUCUCUCUUAUUAAGUCACACCACGAUUUGCAUGCAAAAUUCUCCUAACUAGGUACUGCUUCAAACACUGAUGAACGACAACAGUCGGCUUAGGAAACAUCACACAAAUGUUUAACACCACCUUCGAACCCCUUCCACCCCUUGCGCACAUUUCUACAUCCAAAAAUUUUACACCAUUCACAUCCGUCUACUGGUGAUGAACAAUGCUUGAUGACUUAGAUGACAAAAAUAUAAACACUGAAGGUGAUUAGUGGAUAAAGUAAGGAGCACAAAAUUUGUAUGAGAUUUGAACUAGUUUAUUCGGCUACGUCAGGAGCUUGUUGAAUACCUUAAUUUUCAGACAACCCUUGUUCAGUCAAAGGCUUGCCAUUUAUACUUCCAUCAAUAUACCUAAGAUACACUGAACACUCAGGCUUAACGUAUUAACGGUUACUCUUUGUUGACUAUUGUACCCAACUGACACUUCAACCUUAACAUAGUAUAGAACUUGAGUCAGUUAGGUUUUGGAGCUCAAAUCAAUCAACCACGUUCUGUGAUUUGAAAAGCGAGUAGAUCAGGAGUUUCCUUUGAUAUUAUUUCUGUACUAAUUAUUUCAAGUCCUUACUUUUGUACUGGAACGACUUAAGUAUGAAAUUAAUUAUUUCUGCAUUUAUUUUCCUACAUUCCACUAUUUCAAUAUCAAAACUAUAAACUGAGCGUGGAUAUAUGGUUUACCAGUUAGUGCAAUAAUUCACACACAAAUGAAUAAGUUUAAGGUGAGAAUUCAAGCUGUUGCAUAAGAAUAAAAACUAUUUAUGCCAAGUAGUUUGGAAAUAGCUCUUAAGCAGCAGCAUGAAUCAUACUCGCCUGCAUUGUAAUAAAAUUUUACUGCAUUAAAAUUAGCUAUGAAAAUUGGCACCUUUACACACAACAACUGUUUUAACAACCUACAACACAGCUAGAUAACUGCUUUGUAUAUUUUAUCUUAAAUGUAAAAGUCAUGUAGUUUGUCAAUUUUUAAAUUUAUGUCUAAAAACAUAAAAAUAUUCUGAAUGUUAUAUUAAAAAGGAUAAUUUUAUGGAUUUAUACAUUUGAGAGAAAAUUUGUGAUAUAUUUUUAUAGCUUUGUAUACAAACAUUUUAUACUCUUAAUGCUUUAACAUUAGUGGUUAUUUUAUUUUUAAUAUAAAUUUUAUAUCAUAUAUUUGUGACAUAUUUCCAUUUUGAUUUGUAUGCAUGAAGUGAAUGUUUUCUUUUUCAAAAUAGUUUACUUUGAUGUGGUAUUUCAAAGAGAAAAAAACAUUGUGAGCUUUUACUAAUAUAAUUACAAAAUAGUU